AUGGACCUCAAAAUCAUCAUCGGGAGAGGCAGCGUAGCCGGCAUCACCCCGGCAAACAUGCCAGAAAAGUUCGACAGAUGGACUACACCCUCCUCGAAGCUUCCCUCUCGAUCGCUGCCCAGGUCGGCACCAGGACGGGCCGCGAUGGCGGAGGAGUCCAUGGACGAAUUCGUCACUGAUAAACCGACGUUCGGGCACCCCUACGAAAGUGAAAACACGUCUGCGCUGGGGGCGCUCGAGGAGCACGCGUUUUCGCAGUGGCAUUUUGAGAGGAUUGUUCGCAUCAGGGACUCAUCUCACAAGACCCAUUCCAUCACAGCCCAAGACGUCAACAAUGCAAUCGAAUCAGCAGCACACCUCCUCAACGCCCCGCCCAAAAUCACGCUCCCCACACAGUCCGUCGCCUCCCCCUCUAGCAAAAGAAACAAUCAAAGCAGCGCUAUCCAACCUCUACACCGCCCAAUCCGCGCCCGCAGAGCGCAACACUGCUCCCCGGGCCGCCGCGCCGGCUCGCUCUUCUGCCUCAGCUUCCCCCCUUUAUCAAAGGACCUCUUCCGACGAAUCAUACCCUAG